UUAAUGAAAUGGACAGGACUAGCUACGAUGAAAAUAAUAGAAGAAUUUAUAGAGUGUCACGUGAAAGCUGAAAUGGAAACUGAACGAAUGGAAUAUGAAAAAAAAACGACUGCGGCUGAACUUGAUGAACUCAAAUGUGAAUACGACGCACUUUCAACAGCUUUUGACGAGCUCAAGAAAAAUUCAGCAGAUAGUAGUCUAACAAAUGGAUUGGCGAUCAACGAUUUAGAAGGAAGGAUUAGAAAAUCAGAAGAUGACGUUAUGAUAAAAGAAAAUAAAAUUAGAAAUUUGGAAGCCGAUGUUACAGCAAAGGAACAAAUCAUAUUGGAAAAAAGCGAACAAAUUAAUAUGCUUUGGGAAAAGAUAAGGGGAUUGGAUACUAAUAUGGAAAAAACAACGUGUCAUAAUGCGGAUAUGGAUUUAGAUAAGAAACAGACAAAGAAAAAACGCCCAACAAAAAGAGAAAAAGGGCGCGAACACAACAUACUCCAAAUGGAAUGAUCGGUGAAAUCAAAAGGGGACCGAUCGACGAUAACAGAAAAGGAGAUCUGGAAAAAUAUUAUGCCGAACAAUCACGUGAUUUAACUUUCUACGACAUACCAGCAUACUGGAGUGAUGAAGAGAUUUUUAAUUCACUUGACGCAAAUGUAGGACAGAUUGAAUAUAUGAGAACAAAACGGUGUCACAAAUAUAAGACGGUUAAAACAACACUACGCCUUACCAAAAAAUAUGAAGAAAUAUACAAAAAGGGCGGGGUGAAUGUUAUUUUAACUAGGAAAAACCGUACACAUUAUGUUAGAAUGCUUGACUCAAGAUGGUCGUAUGCUGAGAUUAAGAAAAAAUUUCGUUGGCAAGUUUGUAAACGAAUAGAGGACGAUAAUCAAGAGGAUGAUUGUUCGAUUAUUAGAUAUUUUGCAAAAACUUAUAGGGCUACAUUUGGAAAAAUUAUUAGAGUUAACGGUAUACGUUACAUCAUUUUAUAUUUUAGUACAGAGGAUAUUUUAAUGAAAGCGGUAUCGGACUCGUUACAAACAUAUGAAGUAGGGCUAGAAUUAUUAAUCAAAAAAGAAAAUGAUUUUAUAGACGAUACAGGUGAGCUAAACGAGAUCAAUAAAACACUGAAAUGGAGAAAUACAACAACCUCAAGAGCACGUGGUCUACGCACGGAGCAAGAACAAUAUAAAGGAACACCUGAAAAUUUUGCUUCGUCAAGUAGAAGACAAUAACAAUGGAGGUAACUAGAAUUAGAUAAAAUAGUAAAACUAGAAAAAACAACAUAUAAUAGUUAGACGUAUUUAGAUUAAAUAAUUUAGUAUAGUUUAGAAUAGAUUAAAAAGAGAACAAAUUUUUUAGUAAAUACUUAGUCAAUAUUGGAAUUUCGUGAAUAGCACGCUGGUUACGUUAGUUUACACUUUAGAAAGAAUUCUAAAGUUUUUAUAUGGAGAGGUGUAGUUAGAAAUAACUAGCUUCAAUGUAUUUUUUUGUAUUUACUAGUUAAUGUAAUGCGUUAUAAUUUACUAAUAAAAUGAAUAAAAUACGUUUAUAAAAAUAAA